AUGAGCACUUUGACGCCGCCCAAGUAUCGUGUCCUGGGCGUUGAGAAAACCAAGGCGCUGCUCGAUCUUUUUAAGGGUGAAAAAACCGGUUGGGUACAAGUGGGGGAGAAAAAUUGGCUUUUCCCGUACAGGUACGCGGAACAGGGCGAGGGAUUCUUUAACUUCGAGGCGAGACCGUCCGACGUUUGGGUGCUGUCCUAUCCGAGAUCAGGAACAACAUGGACCCAAGAGCUCGUUUGGCUCGUAGCGAACGACAUGGACUUCGACACAGCCAACACUCGCCUGUUAGCCGAACGAUUUCCCUUUUUAGAAUUUAGCAUGUUCCAUCAUCCAGAGUUGACGAAAGAAUUUUUAGAGCACAACAAACUUGACGCGAAAAAACAAGAGCUUUGCAAGGAACUGGCGAAGCCCGGCUAUGAGGUUUUGGCCAACAUGCCGUCCCCGAGGUUCAUCAAAUCCCACUUUCCGUUCAGUUUGAUACCAAAUGUCGUCAACAGCGGCUGCAAGAUGAUUUACGUGGCCAGAAAUCCAAAGGACGUGGCGGUGUCCUGGUACAAGUUGAACCAAGCGUUUCUCACCCAAGGCUACGUCGGCGACUUUGCUCAAUUUUGGAAGUUUUUUAAAAAUGACUUGACUGCUUGGAGUCCUUACUGGGAGCACUUGAAAGAAGCAUGGGACAAUCGGAAGAACGAGAAUUUGUUGUUUAUUUUUUACGAGGAGUUGCAAGAAAACCUAAGGGACGUUAUCGAAAGAGUGGCAAAGUUUUUGGGCAAAGCUUACAGCAUGGAACAAGUAGAUAGGCUGGUCGACCACUUGAGCAUAGACAAUUUUCGCAAGAAUCUCAUGGUCAACACGCAAGAGUUGAAGGACUGCGGUAUCGUCAGGAAAGAAUCGGAGUUCGUUAGAAGAGGAGUCAGCGGCGGCUGGAAAGACUACUUCACCGACGAGCUUGAGAUCGAAGCCGAUGAGUGGAUCGAAAAGAGUUUAAAGGACACGGACCUACGAUUCCCGUUAACGAAUAACAAUUGGUUUUGA